UGUUAUUAUUCACUUCCGGGUGAGCCCUCUCCGGCGCCAUCUUGUCUUGUUCAUGAAGAAGUAGAAGCAUCGAAAGGGUUGGAGAGAAUUACAGGAACGGUGGCGACAGCGGUAUUCCGGAAUCGGAGCGGUAGAGACUUGAAGGAUGUGGGAUCAAGGAGGACAACCUUGGCAGCAAUGGCCCUUGAACCAGCAACAGUGGAUGCAGUCAUUUCAGCACCAGCAGGAUCCAAGCCAGAUUGACUGGGCUGCUUUGGCCCAAGCUUGGAUUGCACAAAGAGAAGCUUCAGGACAGCAAAGCAUCGUAGAACAGCCACCAGGAAUGAUGCCAAAUGGACAGGAUAUGCCUACAAUGGAAUCUGGUCCAAAUAAUCAUGGGAAUUUUCAAGGGGAUUCAAACUUUAACAGAAUGUGGCAACCAGAAUGGGGAAUGCAUCAGCAACCCCCACACCCCCCUCCAGAUCAGCCAUGGAUGCCACCAACACCAGGCCCAAUGGACAUUGUUCCUCCUUCUGAAGACAGCAACAGUCAGGACAGUGGGGAAUUUGCCCCUGACAACAGACAUAUGUUUAACCAGAACAAUCACAACUUUGGUGGACCACCCGAUAAUUUUGCAGUGGGGCCGGUGAACCAGUUUGACUAUCAGCAUGGGGCUGCUUUUGGUCCACCGCAAGGUGGAUUUCAUCCUCCUUAUUGGCAACCAGGACCUCCAGGACCUCCGGCACCUGCACAGAACCGAAGAGAGCGGCCACCAUCAUUCAGGGACCGGCAACGUUCACCAAUUGCUCUUCCUGUGAAGCAGGAGCCUCCACAAAUUGAUGCAGUAAAACGCAGGACUCUUCCAGCCUGGAUUCGUGAAGGCCUUGAGAAAAUGGAACGUGAAAAGCAGAAGAAAUUAGAGAAAGAAAGAAUGGAACAGCAGCGUUCACAAUUGUCAAAAAAAGAAAAGAAGGCCUCAGAAGAUGCUGAAGGAGGAGAUGGCCCUCGUUUACCUCAGAGAAGUAAAUUUGAUAGUGAUGAAGAAGAUGAGGAUGCUGAAAACACUGAGGCUGUGAGCAGUGGGAAAGUCACCAGAAGUCCAUCUCCAGCUCCUCCAGAAGAGCACAGUGAGCCGGAGAUGACCGAAGAAGAGAAGGAGUAUCAGAUGAUGUUGCUGACAAAAAUGCUUCUAACUGAAAUUCUUCUGGACGUCACAGAUGAAGAAAUUUAUUAUGUAGCCAAAGAUGCACACCGGAAAGCAACGAAAGCUCCUGCAAAACAGCUGGCACAGUCCAGUGCACUGGCCUCCCUCACUGGCCUCGGUGGCCUGGGUGGUUAUGGCUCAGGAGACAGUGAAGAUGAGAGGAGCGACAGAGGCUCUGAGUCAUCUGAUACUGACGAUGAGGAAUUACGGCACCGAAUCCGGCAAAAACAGGAAGCUUUUUGGAGAAAAGAAAAAGAACAGCAGCUAUUACAAGAUAAACAGAUGGAAGAAGAAAAGCAGCAAACAGAAAGGGUUACAAAAGAGAUGAAUGAAUUUAUUCACAGAGAGUCAAAUAGUUUAUCACUGCUAGAAGCAAAUGAAGCAGACGGUGAUGUGGUUAACGAAAAGAAAAGAACUCCAAAUGAAGCUCCAUCAGCGUUAGAGCCCAAAAGAGAGCAUAAAGGGAAAGAGAAAGAACGAAGGAGUAGGUCAGGGAGCAGUAGUAGCGGCAGCUCCAGUAGCAAUAGCAGGACUAGCAGCAGUAGCAGCUCCGUCUCCAGUUCUUCAUACAGCUCCAGCUCAGGCAGCAGCUGCACGUCCUCUCGCUCCUCUUCUCCUAAAAGAAAAAAGAGACAUAGUAGGAGCAGGUCUCCCACAAUGAAAGCUAGGCGGAGCAGGAGCAGGAGCUACUCUCGCAGAGUUAAAAUAGACAGCAGUAGGACUAGAGUGAAGCUGCGAGACAGGAGGAGAUCUAAUAGAAGUAGCAUUGAAAGAGAAAGACGAAGAAACCGGAGUCCUUCCCGAGACAGACGUAGAAGCAGAAGUCGCUCAAGGGAUAGACGAGCCAAUCGUUCCAGUCGCAGUAGGAGUCGAGAUAGGCGUAAAAUUGAGGAUCCACGUGGAAAUCUUAGUGGGAGCAGUCAUAAGCAUAAAGGUGAGGCUAAAGAACAAGACAGGAAAAAGGAGAGGAGUCGAAGUGUAGAUAAAGACAGGAGAAAAAAAGACAAAGAAAGGGACCGUGAACAGGAUAAACGAAAAGAGAAACAGAAAAGGGAAGAAAAAGAUUUUAAAUUCAGUAGUCAGGAUGAUCGGCUAAAAAGGAAGCGAGAAAGUGAGAGAAUCUUCUGUAGGAGUGGUUCUAUAUCUGUUAAAGUCAUAAGACAUGACUCUAGACAGGACAGUAAGAAAAGUGCUACCAAAGACAGUAAAAAGCAUUCAGGUUCUGAUUCUAGUGGAAGGAGCAGUUCUGAAUCCCCUGGAAGUAGCAAAGAAAAGAAGGCUAAGAAGCCUAAACAUAGUCGAUCGCGCUCCAUGGAGAAAUCUCAAAGGUCUGGUAAGAAGGCAAGCCGCAAACACAAGUCUAAGUCCCGAUCAAGAUCAACAACCCCUCCCCGUCGUAAGCGCUGAGGAAUGAUGUGGCAAGAGCCAUGACGCUGUUUUAAAAAUUCCAUGAGUUUUAAGGGCUUGUCUCAUUAUAGAGGCACAUUGUGGCUGUGUAGGUGAAACCAGAUUUUUUUUUAAAUUGUGUAAAUAGGUGUCUUUUUCCAAAUGCUGCUCCAAGUUAAUAGGAUUUCUUUGUAUUACAUUUUUUCAAGAAAUAGUACAUAAUAAGACUAUAAAUAUGCCAUUCUCUUUCAGCUGUAUUGUUCUUAAAAUUAUUCCUGAAUGUACUGUGAUGUCAAUAAAGCUCUUCAGUUCAUUUUUGUUAAA